AAGGAAGACAGAGAGAGUUGGGUAGAGAGAGAAAAAGAAAGAGAUAGAUAGAUAGAUAGAGAGAGAGAGGGGGGAAGAACAAGAAGAAGGAAGAGGAGAAGAAGAUAAGUGAAAUACUAAGAUCUUUCUUUGGAGGCACAGCAAGAAAGAAGAUCUUGAAGACUGGUUGAAUCAAAUUCUUUUUGGGUUGCCAUAGCUUGGGACCUGUAAAUUCCGGCGGCCGUGGCUCCAUUUCCGGAUAAUUUAUGUUAGGUUUCCGGUGAUGAGAGUUGGGAUUAGUUAUCUGGGUAUAUUUGAUUUGGCAGGAGAAAGUAAAACCAGGGAUGGAUAGAAAUAGAGAAGCGAGAAGAGCAUCCAUGGCGGCCACAAAUGGCUUGUCAAGACGUAGACACAGAACUGGGAGCUUGAGGGACUCUCCAGAGGAAGAUGGACCGGUCGAGUUACAAGAGACGGCGAGACUAAGGGAUCGAGGGAGUGGGAAGAAAGAUCGAGAUCGCGAUCGGGAUCGAGAACGAGAAAGAGAGCGAGACCGCGAUAGAGACCGGGAAAGAGAUCGGUUGAACCGGAGCAAGAGGAGAAGAGGUGAUAGGAUGAUGCACGGGAACAGAGAAGAUGGUGUGGAUGAUAGCUCAGAGGAGAGUGUAAACGAUGAAGAGGAGGAUGAAGAUGACGACGGAGGUGCUGUUGGUGGUGGUAGUGGCUCCUUAAGGAUGCUUCCUCCGCCGAACCCACCAGCGUCGUUAUCAACCUCCUCUAUGCUUCAUCAUCAACGGAAGAGCUUCCCACCAGCAAAGAAUUUUAGAGGAGCGCCGGCGUGGAAGGUCGCCGACGAGAUGAUUGGCGUGUCGGUACCGAGAAAAGCACGGUCAGUUUCUACGAAGAGGUCGCACGAAUGGAGUUCAGCGAUUGGUAUUGUUGGUGAACAAAUUCACCGGCAGGCUUCCACGUCUCCGGUCCGACCGAGCGUUUCGGCGGUGCCGACUGCGGGGUCGCAAGCUCCGGUCUCACCGUCUUCUUCCAAUGCUUCGGUUCGGAAGAAGCUGAAGUCUAACGGACCAAAGCUCCGACAACCCAAAACCACGACGUCGUCGUCCAAGUCUCCUUCGGCGCAGGACGAGAUCGAGAUAGAGAUCGCCGAGGUCUUGUAUGGGAUGAUGAGGCAGCCUCAAGGACCCACAAAGCAAGAUAUUAUGAACUCCGAUUCAAUAAAAUUUGAAUCAAGAGAAGCGAACCACAAAUCAACAAGUGAAGCAAACAAAUCCUCUAGUGACGCCAAAUCCAGAGUUUCAUCUCCGAUCUCGAGCUCACAGCAAUACGGGGUUCAUCAAUCGUCGUCGCGUUCAUCUCUGACUGCUGUUGAAGGUGCGGUGCCCGCUUGGGCGUUUUGUGUUGCACCCAAGAGAAAAAAGCCUCGACUGGUUAAGGGCGACUCUAAAUAUGAAGACACGACCAAAUCUUCCUUCUUAACGGCUCAGAACAAUCUCAUUCCGUCUGCAAGCCGGCUUCCGGUUGAUCAGACUGCGAAAACAGAGACCUCAUCAGCUAAUUUGGAAAAAGCCGGUGGAUCCGCAGCCGAAAACGGUGUAGUUUCCUCCGAUACAGCUCAAUCCCACGCUAUAUUGGCGAUGUCCGAGGCUGCUACCGCCACAGCAACGGCGGUGCAGCCCGAGCCAAUUAAGCUAGAGAAUAGCCUCGUAUCAGAGUCGAAGCUGGUUUCUGAAAAAAUAGAGAAUCGGGAUUUGGCAGUUAACAAAGAAGAACCUCAAUCGCCCAAAAAGGAAUUUUCUGGGCACAGAUUGGAAGAUAAGCGCGAGACUACGACAGCUACCAAACCGAAUUCAACAACUUCCGAGGUUGAGAGACAGCGAGAAGAAAAAUUCCAGAUAGAUCUGAUGGCACCACCUCCGUCUAGAUCGUCUCCGGAAAGAGAUGUUGAGAUUGAUUUUGUGGCUGUAGAUGCUAAAGCUAUGACAGUAGAUACAGAAACGGAAAUAAAGCCUGUAAUAAAAGAAGAUGCCAAGGCAUUGAAAAUCAGCAGAGAAGAGACUUCAAAUGUGGAACCUGAGAAGGUGAAAGCUACUACUCCUACUCCUCCUCCAGAAGAAGCUGAAUCCAAGAAGCAUCAGCAGCCUACUACUGUUGGCAAGGAGAGGAAUAUUGAUUUGCGGAUUGAUUUAGAAAAGGUUGAUAGAGAUGCAGCCGCUGCUGCCGUUGUCCCCGGCAACAAGCAACAUCACCAUGUUCCGAGACAGCAACAGCAGCAGCUACAAACCAAUGAGAAAAAUGCUCAAUCAGGCGCUCUACCUAUGGCAAUGUCUAUGGCUGGCUGGCCGAGUGGGCUUUCACCUAUGGGAUAUAUGGCACCUUUACAAGGAGUGGUAUCUAUGGAUGGAACCUCUGUUUCUUCUGCUGCUAUACAACCACCGCCUUACCUUUUUACUCAACCUCGGCCAAAGAGGUGUGCAACCCAUUGCUACAUUGCCAGGAGUAUAUGCUGUCAUCAACAGAUUGCAAGGAUGAACUCUUUCUGGCCAGCAGCAGCCGCUGCAGCAGGUUCUGGGUCUCUUUAUGGGGCCAAGCCAUGUAAUCUCAACGUUUUGCCCUCGCCAGAUUUGCAUGGCAGCAUUCCUGGUCGAGGGUUGAACUCAGUUCAGGACAAGGGUCAGGGUCUUCCUAUGUUUCCUGGUCAUGCUGGAAAAGACAAGUCUUCCCAGGCAGCCAGUGUUGUUGAUGCUGCCCAGAGAAAGCAAAUUAUGCUCCAGCAAGCUCUACCCCCUGGUGCACCUAGUAAUAUAUUGCAAGGCCCUGCUAUUAUUUUCCCUUUGAGUCAGCAGCAGGCCGUUGCUGCUGCUUCUGUCCGGCCUCCUGGAUCUGUGAAGUCUCCUCCAGCUCCUGGAAAUGCAAAUACUUCAAGUGCAUCUAAUCCUACUCCAGCAACAGCACCGGCAAUGACCUUUAAUUACCCAGCUAUGUCUGGAAAUGAAACUCAGUAUCUUGCCAUCAAUGCCUAUCCGUUUCCAAUUCCUGCACAUGUUGGUGCUCCACCAGCUUACAGAGGAAGUCCUCAGGCAAUGCCUUUUUUCAACGGGUCAUUUUAUUCUACUUUUCAUCCUUCACAACUUCAACAGCAACAGCUCUCUCAUUCACAGCAAAGUCAACAAGGUCACCAGAACCCAAGUAUUUCUAGUGGUUCUUCGUCAUCACAGAAACAUUUGCAGAAUCAACAACAGAGGCCACCACAUCCCAGUGGUGGUGUAAAUGGUGGUGGAAGUCUACAAGGUUAUCCCACCUCGAAAAACCAGUCUUCACAGCCACUACAGCUUCAACAGCAACAGCAGCGGCAUCAGCAAAACCAACAUGUUUCACAUGCAGCUCGCCAGCUUGAAUCAGAGAUGGGUGGUGAAGAUAGCCCUUCAACUGCUGAUAGUCGUGUUUCACGACCAAGUAUGAGCAUUUACGGACAGAAUUUUACUAUGCCUCUGCAUGCGUCAAACUUUGCUUUAAUGGCGCCUGCAUCUAUCGGCAAUGCAAGUGGCCCAAAUGGUGCUGGUGGAAGUAAUGGGGAAAAGAAGCAGCAGCAACAGGGAUCAAAGGGCGGGGUAGAGCCGCCUCAUGCUUUUGCCAUGUCGUUUGCUCCCAUUAAUGGUGCUACAACUGCUCCCGGCAUUGACAUUUCUUCAAUUGCUCAGCAGCAAGCAAUUUUAACCGAUGUUAGGCAAGGAUAUCAGUACAUGGCAGUUCCUGCAGCUCAACAGAAGAAGAAUUACCGUGGCCCUGAAGAGGGAAAAAAUGGUGGGGACUCUUCAAAUGUGGAAGAAGAAAGGAAGAACAUGGCAGGGAAGGGUUCAUCAACGUUGGGGCAGUCUAUAGCUUUUUCGAGGCCAGAUUUGUCUGAUGUAUCUGGUUCGACAAUGCCUGGUAGUUCUGUAGUUGAUAGCUCUGCGAGAACUAUCAACCUUGGCUCCACUCAACAGCGACCUGGUUCUGUUAUGACUGCCACAUCCAAUGCUCAGCAGCAGCUUCAUCGGACUCAUCAACAGCAGCAAUUGCAGCAGCAGCAGCAGCAGAUGCUUCAGAUUCAGAAGCACCACCAGCAGCAGCAACAACAGCAGCAGCAACAAUUCACCAAUGCAGCAUCCCGUUCCAAGACACCAGCAACAAGUAAUGGUAGUGUGUACUCUGAUCACCACAAUAAUUCAUCAAUGGCUGCUAAGUUCCCUAAUGCCUUGUCCACCUUUCCCUCAAAUCUUGUUCAUAGCAAUAAUAGUCCAGCUCAUUCUCCUCAGUGGAAAAAUUCUGGAAGGUCAACCACUUCUCAAGCUCCCUCGCCAACUAUGACCUCAUCAACCUCGUCAUCUCUUAAAAAUCUACCUCAGCAGCAAGGUCGCACUCAACAAACACAUACACAAAUAUCUUUUGCAGCCAAUCCAAAACAAUCAGGGCAAUCUCAAGGGCUGCAGAAUAACAGUAGUAAUCAGUCUCCAUCUCCUCCUAUAAUGGUAGGGUCCCCCACGACUUCCUCAGUGUCUAAAAGUGCUGGUGGGAGCCCAAGGACUACUACUUCCACAUCCACAGCAAACAAAGUUGGUCAAGCUUCUUCAUUGUCAUCUCAGCAGGCCAAGAACUCCCCAUCCGUCUCCAACAUGAAGUCUUCUCCUGGUGCUGGAAAAAAUGUACCGUCAAUUCUUGGUAAUCCACACAUCACCUCUUCAUCUAGCACGGGAUCCAAGAAUCUUAUGUCUCAGCAGCAGCAGCAGCAAAUGCACUCUAAGCACUCGCUACAGCAUGCUCAGCAUGCUCAACUAUAUUUCUCCUACAACAUUCAAAAUCAAACUCCACAUUCUAAUAGCAACACCCCGACUACAGCAGCUGCAGUUGCUAAUGCAGGAGCUUAUUAUUCUCAGAGACGUCGCCCUGAGCAACAACAGCAGCAGCAACAUAGUGGACCGGGGACUUCUUCGAGUGGGAUGUUAACAUUGUGUCCUUCGGUUUCUCUAGGGAACACUAGCACAUCUGAUCCUGCCAAGGCUGUGGCAGCAGCAGCUGCCGUUGCUGCUGGCAACAUGAAAGGUGGUGGCUUACCUUCGCAGGCACUUAUGCAUCCUCAAUAUGCUGCUGCACAGUCAGGGAAUCCACAUCAGCUUUUACCAGCUGGCUUCCCCUAUGUUCAUGCUGUUCCCACUGCGGUUCAGGUGAAGCCGGCCGAGCAGAAACAACCUGCUGGUGAGUAAGAAUGAUGUCAAUUAGAACUUUUCCAUUGCAACCCCAUUCAUACAGAUAACAAAUCUGUCUCAAAAACAAUAAAAAAAAUAAAAAAACUAGUUGCGGAAAAAGGUUGUUUAAAAUGGUGGGGUUGCCAAAAUUUUGAAGGGAAUGGCGGUUUUUCCCCAGGAAAUGAUAAUUUGCAUGACUUCUGGCAGCCUGAGAAGAAAUGAAAGAUUGGAACUUUCUGAAGAAGCACGACCAAGGGGAAAGCAAAAAAAAGUCGGAGCUCGAAGAAGCCACAAUUUUGGCGCUUGCUGGCAACUGGGGGGGAGGGGGGGGAUAUUAGCCUUUUGGAUUGUGCUUGGAAACUUGGAAGUGUAUUUAUCUAUGUACACACCCUUUUGUGUUUAUAAAAUCUGACAGGGUUGAUGGUGAAAGUCUAAUUGAAUUUGAUUGGUACGGUGGGAAGAGGAUGGGGAAUGCUUGGAAAAGAGCUCUGAUAAAUGUUUUUUUGUAAGUCAAAGAUAUAUUAUAUAUAUAUGGAUGGAAGAACAAUAGAGAUGGUAAGAGCAAAGACCCACCUUUCUUUCUUUUGGGGCUGUAACGGAGGUUUCUUUUUCUCUUUUUUCACUCUUCUCAAUUACAUUUUCGUUUUUUCCCCCCACUCUUGGAGGUCUAAUUUUUCCAACAAAAAAGCAAGGAAAAAAAAACUCAUCUUUUGGCAUAUGUGCUUAUGUAUAUCCAAUGGAGAAGUAAACCAAUAUGUGUAUAAGUCUUGGCACAUGUAAAAGCAACCCUUAUCUCA